AAACACAACGGUCUAUUUAUUUUAACAGUUCAGGCCAAUGGCAAUGUUCUAUGUUAUGGGGUUGUUCCUAAUUUUUAAUUCUGAUUUGUGUUUCGGGUCAAGCUUAUAUAGAAACAAUCAGGAUAAUCUUAUAAAUGACCUACUAAACAACUAUUUGAUAUUCAUACGACCUGCAUUGAAUAUGACCACUGCAACCGUUAUAACUCAUCGAAUCACUCCGAUACAAAUUAUUAAUGUUGAUGAACCGAAUCAGAUUCUAACAGUAAAGGUAUGGGUGGGGCUGAGAUGGGUAGAUGAAUGUCUGCGCUGGAAUGCAUCACACUAUGGAGGCCUUAACAGUAUAAGCAUACCAAGUAUUGAUAUAUGGCAACCUGAUAUAACAUUGUUUGGAAGUAUUGACAAGGAAUUUGAUAGACGCCUAUACACAGAUGUCCAAGUCAGCUCAGACGGAAGUGUGUACGCACCUCAACCAAUGGUUUACAAAGCAUCAUGCCCGAUAGACGCCACCUAUUUUCCGUUUGAUCAGCAGGAGUGCGUCCUGGAAUUUGGAUCAUGGAGCUACGAUGGGUCGGUAAUAGACCUUGAAAUUAAUCCCGCAUCCGGGUCCUUGAGUAAUUACAUACCCAAUGGUGAAUGGAAUCUUAUGGGAGUGUCGGUCAUAAAGCACGCGGUGUACUACACUUGCUGCCCACAACCCUAUCCUCAUAUUACGUACACUUUUGUCAUGCAACGUCGGCCUUUGUUUUAUAUAUUCACCAUACUCAUGCCAGUUACUCUCAUGUUUUUUUUCAUUCUCGUCGGAUUCUACCUGCCUACGCAAUGCCGAGAGAGAAUGACUAUAUUUGUCACUGGUAUGCUGGCAGCAAUAAUGUUUCUGUCCCUAGCAACUAAAUAUCUACCUUCUACGUCUGAUUCCAUGUCUUAUAUGCAAAAAUACAUGUUGACUACUAUCGGACUGUCGGCAUUAUCUUCAGUUCUUACUGGAUUUUCCGUAAAUUUACAUUAUCAGACAUGCGACGCUGCACCAGUUCCAGGAUGGCUACGAACUUUUGUAUUUAAAUAUCUGGCUGUUAUAGUUUUGAUGCCUGGUACUGCAAAUAAAUAUUUGAAUGUGACAGACUAUUCGAAACACGUCGAAGUCAGUUUCACGCUAUGUUGUAUCGACCGUGCAAUAAUAAUACCACCAAUACCACCCAAUAGAUCUACUAAGAAUGACCAUACUUGA